GCAAAAGAGUGAAGAAGAAGAAGAAGAAGAGGAAGGGGCGAGCAGAAGCAGAGGCAGAGGAGUGAGAUGCUGAGCUUGCGUUGCGCAUCUUCUCUGAUCAGGCGCUGUCUUCGCAGCUCCGCCGUCAUCUCCGGCCGCCGGAGCCUCAGCUCUCUUUCCAGCAAUUCUCUCUCCGACGAAGACCCUGACAGCGUCGUACUUGUUGAAGGCAAAGCCUGGUCCAGAACUGCAAUUCUCAACAGACCCUCUGCCCUCAACGCCCUCAACACCACCAUAGGGGCUAGGCUACUGAAAUUGUAUGAAAGCUGGGAAGGUAACCCUGAUAUUAGUAUUGUGGUGUUAAAGGGCAGAGGCCGGGCAUUUUGUGCUGGUGGUGAUAUUGUUUCUUUAUAUCAUUUGAUAAACCAAGGGAAAAUGGAAGACUCAAAGGAUUUCUUUAGAAUAUUAUAUACUUUUAUAUACCACUUAGGCACGUAUUUGAAGCCACAUGUGGCAAUUUUGGAUGGGAUAACUAUGGGUGGUGGAGCUGGGGUCUCAAUACCUGGGAUGUUCAGGGUUGCAACUAAUAAAACUGUCUUUGCUACCCCAGAAACAUUAAUUGGUUUCCAUCCUGACGCUGGGGCAUCCUUUUACCUCUCACACCUGCCUGGUUACUUGGGGGAAUAUUUGGCUCUCACAGGAGACAAGCUGAAUGGGGUGGAAAUGAUUGGCUGUGGGCUUGCAACUCACUAUUCUAUCUCGGAUAGGCUUCCAUUAAUUGAGGAGCAGCUCGGCAAACUGGUUACAGAUGAUCCUUCUGUUGUUGAAACUUCCUUAGGAAAGUAUUCUGACAUUGUUUAUCUUGAAAGGACAAGUGUACUUCACAGGAUUGAAACAGUUGACAAAUGCUUCAGCCAUGACACGGUUGAAGAAAUCAUUGAUGCCUUGGAAAGUGAAGCAGCAAAAACACAAGAUGACUGGUGUACUUCAACCCUGACGAAACUAAAACUUGCCUCACCAUUGAGCUUGAAGGUUUCGUUGCAAUCUAUACGGCAAGGUAGAUUUCAGACUCUUGAUCAAUGUCUUGUCCGCGAGUAUCGAAUGUCUCUUCAUGCAAUCUCUAAACAGAUUUCUGGUGACUUCUGUGAGGGUGUGCGGGCAAGAAUGAUUGAUAGGGACCUUGCACCUAAGUGGUAUCCCCCAAGCUUGGAACAAGUAUCCAAGGACAUGGUAGAUCAGCACUUUUCCCCGCUAGGGGAAAACGAGCCUGAACUGGAGCUACCAGUAAAGCAGCGAGAAGCCUUCGCAUAGUUUUUGAAUUUUGAUCAUUUUGCUUCGGAGAACAAAGCCAACAAGCUUGGUAUUUCCAGAAGGCUUGUGUUGCAGCUGAAUGAAUUGGCAGCUGUGUUUCCUUCAGAGUUCUCUGUGGCCAGCUUCACUUCUGCUUUGUUACGUAUCUGGGUGCUGUUUUUGUUGAUUUACAUAUCUGCUAAAAGGGAUCUAUUCUAGUUGUGUUCCUGCAGUCUCCGGAUUCUGUAACUAAAGUAUCAGAAUGUGCUGCAGAGGCUUUGUGCAUCAUCAUCUUUUGUUCUGUAAAUACCAAGAGUUCCUUUAGCAUUUCAUUUCAUUCCAUUGUUGGGUGCA